CUGACGCCUACAACGAUCAUGGCUACCGCAGUGAUGAUGGGGACGUGGAGCUGUCCGACCAGAGGAGUUUUUAACCCGUGGACAUUUCUUAUUAUCGUUCUGCUCAGCAGCGUAAAUGCGGUUGUUGCUGCACCAGAGCCUGGGCUUUGGAAAGUCUCUAUUGUAAAUACCUCAAGGCCGCUACUUUUAAGAAAAUCAAUGUAUAAUAACACCGACAUUCAGUUGAAAGUUGUGUCUUUCGGCUGCCCAGAGGAGGUGACCUUCACUGUUCACUGGCUUUUAAAAUACUACCCCUGUCACAAUGAAUUCAAUAAUAUUGACGAGAUGUAUGACAGAACACCUCUGAGCCGGGGAGAGAGUCUAGAUCCGAAUCCCCUCGGACCAGGAGAAGUCAUUGAACACAAACACACUCCAAUAAUGUGCAACAGUGGACUGCGCUCAUUUCCAAUGCUCAAAAAAGCCAAGGCAAACCCUCAUCCAGUCGGUUCAAAUGUUCCAGGUCAAGUUGGGAAUGAGCUCGACUCAAAGUCGAUCACUGAGGAGUACAGUGACAGCAGUGGGAAGAACGGCAGUAUAAAUAUCAAAGACAACGUCAUCACCACCACGUGGAAGGAUGGGCCGUACCUGCUGGUAGUGAAGAUUGUAUCGAGUAAACCAGAUUCAAACUGGAACUUAACAGUUAAUGUGGUGAUGAAAGGCAGCCAUGGCUACAUUUCUAUCACAGAGUGGCCUCUCAUGAUUUUCUACAUGGUGAUGUGCAUUGUGUACAUCCUGUACGCCCUGCUCUGGUUCCUGUGGGCAGCCUGUUACUGGAAGGACCUGCUAAGGAUCCAGUUCUGGAUCGCUGGGGUCAUUUUCCUCGGGAUGGUCGAGAAGGCCGUCUUCUGCGCGGAAUACGAAAACACAAAUGCCGUCGGCUCAGCUUCUCCAGGCUUGUUGAUUUUUGCGGAGCUGGUCUCUGCCCUGAAGAGGACUCUGGCUCGAUUGCUUGUCAUCAUCGUCAGCCUCGGAUAUGGCAUUGUCAAGCCUCGUCUUGGGACAGUUAUGCACAGAGUUGUAGGUCUCGGCAUCCUCUACUUUGGCUUUGCAAGCAUUGAAGGUGUCCUGAGGAUAACUGGGGCGAAAGACUCUGACUUGGCCCUGUUGGCCAACAUUCCCCUGGCUCUGCUUGACUCCUCUCUCUGCUGGUGGAUCUUUGUAAGCCUGGCACAAACCAUCAAGACCCUGAAGCUGAGGAGAAACCCUGUCAAGCUGUCUCUCUACAGACACUUCACAAACACGCUCAUAUUCGCAGUCAUUGCUUCUGUCAUUUUCAUGGGUUGGAUAGCAAAGAAGUUCAGGCUAGCAGACUGCCAGUCUGACUGGAUUGAGCUGUGGGUGGAAGACGCUUUCUGGAGGUUCUUGUUCUCUGUCAUCCUGUUAGUGAUAAUGUUUUUAUGGAGACCAUCUGCAAACAACCAAAGGUAUGCAUUUACACCUCUCAUUGAUGACUCUGAUGAUGAGGAGAUUGAGGAGUUCACUGCCAAUGCAAACCUUGCUGAUGGCAUAAAGUUGAGAGCAUCUAAAAAUGAGUCAAACGGCACAGUGAAGCCUCCAGAAACGAACGCGGAUGAAGACUUGAAGUGGGUGGAAGAUAACAUUCCCAGCUCUCUAACUGAUGUAGCUCUCCCAGUCCUCCUGGACUCUGAUGAGGAAAUUAUGACAACCAAGUACGAGAUGUCAAAGCUGGAGUGAGCAGAAACCUUUCCAGACAUCGGCUGACUUGGAGGGAGAUCUCAGCAGCCGUCCUGACUCUGCUGCAGGGUUUCCGGUCAGGUGGUGGUGGUGGUGGUGUGCCAUUUAAUUCUUCAGGGGACCUUCCUGUCCUGUACUGUUGAUACGUCACAGGGUGGAGCGGACUGUAAUUUAGCGGGCCUUCUGCUCAUUUCCUCAUCUUUUCUUCAGAGCCACGGACUCUAUGAGAGAAAAACUGACCAACUGUUCCCCUGAUCCGAUCGGUUUUGAGCCUUUCUUUCCAAAGAGAAUGUUUCUUUUUUAUUACGUGCUGUAUUUAUUUCUGUUGUGUUGAUUUCUUUAUCAGAGAAUGAAAAACAGUGGGCCUCAUUUAUGCAUGAACAUACACCCAGGAAGUGUCUUGCUGAGUGUAUCUAUGUCGAAUCAACUAGUUCUGAUAAGAUUCUUAUUUAUGGUGGGAAAUAACUUUAAAGUAUUCUUUUUCGUACUUUUUAACCAUAAGGAUAAUUUAUCUAAGCUAUUUUUGCAGCCAGAAUAGAGACGAGAAUGCAACUUUUUUAAACAUGGGAUCUUUCUUUACGUAUAAAGUUGUGAAGUCAGUAUCAGUAUGUUAAUCUAACGUGAAGCGUCACAAGUAACCUUUUUUUGUUUCCAGCUUUAAAAUCUGAGACAAGGAAAUUAAAAUAUUCCAAGUAGCACAUUAGCUCUUAUGCACUUUGGCGAUCAAAGCUGUGCCUACACGUCGUUCUUGUUUGAGGUUAUCGAGACAAAAACGUCUGAAUGUGUUGUCCGUGUCUCAGAUUGAAGCUACUCGUCAUUCUCUGUGUUUGUGUGAGAGGAGCUGAGCACAAACAAGUGAUUUUGUACAUUUUAGAUUGAAAUUCAGUUGGCUAAAGUGGUGUACAUUUUUUUGGCCUUGUAAUGAAUCUACUGUAUGUGUGUGGGUGGGCGGGUUUAUGUCUACUGAAAUAAGGAGCAAUAUUUACUAUGUCUGUUCAUGUGGAGUUGAAUAAUUUGAAUAUUUAUUUGGGUUUUAAGUGUACUUAUAAGUUGUUGAAGUGUAUGUUCACCCAUGUUUACUCUUUGAGUGUGUUUACAGUGUGUGCUUCCGUUUUUACAUGCAUUGGACAUUGAAAGUGUCUUAAAUGCUUCACAUCAGCUGAUUUAUUUGCAUUUUUGCAGAUAAAGUCACUGCGUUAUUUUCACAGACACCUUAAAAACAAAGUCUUAAUGUGUUUAUUUUACUCGGAGGAUGGCUGGCCUUGUGUUUUUGUCAGUUUAGUUUUGAAAGAAGUGCUGUCUUUAUGUGUUGACUUUAUGCAUCAGCAGGGCUUUUCACCUUGAUAGAAAAUAAGUCGUGGUUAGCAAAAGCACAAGCUGACCACUUGGGCCCGGUUGUUCAAAAGAAAAGAACAGUCCAGAUUUGGUAAUCCUGUUUUUUUUUAGAUUAUUUCUGGGGAUUUAUUGUGACAGGUAGCCGAAAAAAGACAGGAAAUAUGGGAAGAGAGAAUGGCGCACAAUAUGUGCCAAGACUGGGUACGAGCCUGAGACCAGUACUGAGGACUGUAGCCUCUGUAUUUGGGCACCUGCUCUACCAACUGAGCUAAAUAGGCACAGCAUAAUCCUUUUUUUUCUUCCAAAAAUAACCUACUUCUUUUUUAGCCCAGCUUUUCAAAGACAAACUGUACUGGACAAACCUGAUCCAGACAUGAUAGGAUUAUCAAAUCUGGAUUACUGAUGUUUUAGAGAGGACUAAACAUGACAGGGGGCGCCAGAACCCACACAAACUUCGAUCCUCAAAGUUUCUGUAAUAAAAUGUUAAAUCUUUAUAUUACCUCUAUUUGUAAUUCUAAAUCUAUCGAAAUUAUAACUGAAGCAUUCCAGCGUUUUAACUUUUUUCUGUUGUUUCUCGAGAUCUCCACAAAUAUAGCUCAAGAUCCCAACAUGAAAAAAAAAAAAACUUUUUAAUCCUAAAAUAACCGUAAGGCAUGCAAAGUAGUGCUAAAUAUAUUUAAAUAAAUGUCUGAAAUUAUCAGCUGCCUGAUUAAUUAUUGAAACAGUUUCCAGGGAUGUUUGAUUUUAUUGUCAUAUUGGCAUUGGCAGAUACCAAAAAAAAAAAGUGAAUUAUCUGUAUCAGCAAAAAUGCUCAUUUCGAUUUGGCCAUAAAAAUCUGCCUAUGCCGCCUGUAAAUAUUGGCCAUAUGAACAAACAAGUCAGAGGAGUUUUAAAGUCCUUGUACACCAGAGGUGUUUUGUUUCCUGUGCAAAUUAUUCACACAAAAUAACCGUUUAUUAGAGCAUGUAGCAGAUGAAUACAAGCUUUCAUAUCAGCAUCAUAAUUUUGCUAUACAUAAUGUGGGCUAAUAUCCUUUUUUUUCAAGGUUGCUCAAGGUAAUUUUAAGCCCUAGGAGGAUCCUAAAUCUGACCAAUCAGAACGCUGGCUGUUUUCUAUGGCAGAAGAGAUUUUAGACAGAGAAGGAAAAACGUCCUCCUCUCUCUAGCACUGCAUGUUUGUCCCCUAUGCUACGUGCACACCUGGAGCUAUUUUUCAAACUAACAGGACUUUACUCCAAUGACACAUUUAACAACACAGUCUCCUGUGACCUCAGGCAUGUGGCUAAUCACUGCUCAGGGUCAGUCAGCUCCCUGGAAUUACUCCCCUGACCAGUUGAUCACAAACAGCAAACCUUGGAGUGUGUCCUCAAUAUUAUUAUUAUUUAACUUACAGCAUGAGUGAAAAGUUGGUCCCUCCUCACAGCCAACUUAGCUGAAAAGGGAGCAGAUGACAGUGAAGAAGGGCACUGACAUCCUACCUGUGCAUAAAGGAGCAGAGGAGAGAUACUGAAACCUCAUUUUAUCUUCCACUCUAAUGUAUCUCAGUUUAUCAGAGGAUAGUACAAAACACACUGCAGACUUUCGCCUGAUGUGCCUUAAAAGGCAAAAUUUACCUCAGAAUUAUUUGCAUUGUCAUGCCGUUUAUUCAAAUCAUCCUUGAUGUGAAAGGUCUUAGGCUGGGAAGUCUUUUUCUUUAUUCAUAAUCAUUCCUGUCACUUUAAAGUGUUUUAAAGACUGAAAUUUUCCAUUUGUUCAUCAGCAAUCUGUAAAUUGUGUUUUUCAGGGACUGAAUUUUAAGGUCUAAACUACAUAUAAAUAUCUGUAUCUGAAAGGCAUGUCCGAUUUGCUAACUUUUGUAAAUAUUGGCAUAUCGGAUAUUGACAAAAAUCCAUUAUCAUUCACCCCUACGAUAUCUCUGUAAUGCAGACUGAAUCCACUGACCCUCUCUGCUCAGCUGUUUGAAAGGUUUUCUUUAUUUGAAUGUAUUUAUUAGAGUGUCUUGGCCGUAAAAGAACAAUCCUGAUCUGGUGUAAAAAUUCUACUAAGAUCCAGCUCAUUGUCAUCUCUUGUUUUUUUUUUUUUUUUUAACAAACUGACUGAAUCAACCUAAAACAAGUACAGAACUUAUAGGAUUAACUAGUCAGGAUUGCCAGUAGAUUAAAAGGGGACUAACUAUUUCAUACUUUGUCUACAUGAGGCGCCAACAUCAACUAAAACUGAAAAAUCCUUAAAUAUUGGAUGCUUAAUCACAGAGAGAGGAGGGUGAGUGCCAAGGUUAUUAUAGUUAACUAAAACUAAAAUUCCAAAAUCAUUUUAGUUGACUGAAAUGAAGUAAAUAGUAAGCUUUGCCCCAAAAACAAAAACUAACUAAAACUGUAUAGUGCGCUUACAAAAGUAACUUAAAUUAAAUUAGAAUAGACUGGUUGAAUAUGCUUUUUAAAAUGUAUGACAUUCACUCAGGCCUGACAUGUAUCCAUAAAAACUAACACUAAAACUAAUAAAAACUCAACUAAAACUAACCAUUUUUGCAAAAUAUAAACUAAACUAACAAACCAACAGUAAAAACCAAUUAAAACUAAACUGAAAUUGAACACAGAAAGUGAAAACGAAAUAAAAAUGAAAACUAAUUAAAAAUCCCAAACUAUUAUAACCUUGGUGAAUGCUACAUGGGGUCAAAAGGUCUAAAGGAUGUAACCAGGAUCAGGUGCUGUUCAGAAUGAGGGGACAAGGAUUAAAUGGCAAACAUGAACAAAUGACCUACUAGAUUCUUAGCAAAUGGGGUCCAUGAUAGUUGGUAGUCAAAACUGAUGAUCUGAGGCAUUCUUGAUAAGCAUCCUUUAUUGAACAGGGAUGUCUGUGUUUCGACCCUCAGUCUCUCUGAUAAAAAGUCAUUAGAGUCAUCUGAGUGCUUCAGAUUAUCAGUUUUGACUGCCGUCCUACCAUGGGCUGUAUUUGCUCAUAUUCUUGCUCGUCAUUUGUUCAUUGAAUGGUUAAUGCUGAUGCUCUUUAAUGAAGACCAAAUCCUUUUCUUAAAUGCCGGCUAUCUACAUUUGUUGGGAUCUUUAGUAAUCUUAAGUGGUCAAACUUAAAAGUUUCUUUUUCCUUAUUAAAAAACACCAACUGGAGGUUUCUUUUCUCAGAAGUGGCAGUCUCUGGUGUUGCAAUAUGAAGCUGAUGUGGAGGCCACAUAUAGACCCCACGCUAAAAUGUAGAUUUUUGCAUCGGAUAAACGUGUACAUCCUGGUUUAAAAGACUGUAAUGGUCAGAAUGGUUCAUGUCUUAAUGGGCACACACUUCUCAGAGGAUGAAUUUUAGUUAUUGGUCGUACGUUUUGGUUUAAAGAGGGAUAUGAGUUAGGAGCGUGGCUGAUAUGACUAUAGGUCAAUAAACUGUAGCUUACUGUGAGGAAGCUUUGCUGUACUGCCCCCGCCUCUGAUGCUUACUUGCUUCAUAAACAAGAUCUUUUCAAUAAAAACUGAACUUCAAAGUGUAUAUUUACCAAACACUAACCAAUGCCUCUGUUUCAUGGAUGAAUUUAACUAACUUGACAUAACAGACUGUUUCCAAUGCAUGGACAUAUUUCACAUUCAUCUCCCAUACAAAGUGUUUGGGAAUGGCAGGACUUUUUAAAAAAAUCUUGGAAGGUGAUUGGACGACCAUUCUGUCUGUCAUAUUCAUUACGGUCCAAUCAGAGCGACAAGACAGAAUGAGGUAGUAGGCACGUGCAGCCUAGAGCUGCUGUAGUUUAGGAACAUAAGAGCUUGUUUGUGGAUAAAACUCACACAGAGGUCAGUUAGAGAAGCGCAAAAACUUCACCAAGAGAAGUUUAAAGUGUGGUUCUUUGCAUUUAUUUUAGUAGGUAAAUUUUCUCCAGUUCUGAUAAAUCUGCCGCUAUAUUAUAGCUUCAUCCAAGUCCAACGCUACUCCUGUGGUAGCCAUUGCUAUCGGCUUCAAAUACAACUAAACCCCACCUGUAGCUAACGCCUCAUUUUUAAUCAACGCUGAUUGGUCAGGUCAGUUUUCAGACCUGGCACGAUCCAUCUGAUUUGCAAGGUUAUAAUUUUAACAUAUUAAAAGGGAAAAAUAUGUUUAUGGCCCUGCACUGCAGCAUGUUGCCAAAAUGCUUUGCUCCUUUUACGCAUAACAGCUUUCUCUAUCAGUGUGUGAAAUUAAUCAAUAAAAUGUCAGCUGUGGUUUACAGUCUAGUUAAUGCACAUUGUAGAGUGCAGUUUUUUUAUUGAAAAGACUCCUCAGUUUGUCCAUCACUGCGCAGCCUGCACAGAUUCAGAAGGUCCUACCAUAAAACCCACCUCAGCUCCACUUCUGUCUCUCUCUACGUUGAUUUAAAGUUUGAGACCAUGGCAAACAACAGUGACUUGGUCUCAAACUUUAUCCAGCCUUUUCCAGGAUAUAAACAGAGUAUGAUUACCUUACCUAAUCCAAUUACAUAAUCCUUUUAUUUGCCUUUGAACAACCUGAUGUGAGAUUUAAUCCUAUCCUGUCACUUUAACUAUGUUGGAUCAUUUUUGAACAACUGGGCCCUGGGUUUUUAAUGUCUCUGUUCCUUUAUUCGUUUGGAAAACCUGGAAUAAUUGUGCUUAUGAUGGCACGUAGUCCUGUUAUAUAAAAGUGCAGACACCUGCAGUGGACCUGGGUUUAUUUGUACAGAUGGUUUUGGCUCAUUCCUGUUAUUUGGUAAUUCCACAGGUAGAGAAGUGUCAGGAUAGUAUGACUCUUCUUCCUCUCUGUUUCAUGAAGAUCUGGGCUUGAACUCUUCUUACCAGCAGCUUUCUUCUCUCAGAUAAAAUAAUAACAAAUGGAUACAGAUGAAAGUUUCU